AUGGCGCGUUUCGCCUUCAUCGCUGUCCUCGUAUCUGUUUUCGCGAUUGCCGUCUUCGCUGCACUCGUGGCUCGCGGUGCUUUCGUGACCCCAGAGGCUAAAGCCAAUGCCGUGUGUGUCGACCAUUUCCAAGAACAGGACCUCCCGACGGUUGAUGAUGCCGGCUUGGAAGCCCUGGAGACCGUGCGCGAAGUUGUGGAGGAUGCUGAGACCGAGCUUUUCAACUCUGCCAUCCAGGUGCCCAAGGUGUUGAAGCCGAUGCCCUAG